CCUAGCCUUACCGUACCUUAAGUCAGCUCUGGGUCAUGGCCGCCUCAAUUGGGACUUGGCUAGCUACUGUAGUCUACUCUAGUAGCCGACAUCGGACAAUCGGACAGCAACAACACUCCCAAAGAAGUCGAGUCAAGAGAUCGGUCCUCGACCAUGAUGACACCACUACUGGUACUAAUACCAACAAGGCCCGGCAACCGCCGAGACUUUAGUUCUUGUUAUCAUGGCAUUAUCUUGUUAUUGUUGUUAUUACAACACUGUCCAGUAUCAGAUGCUACCAUUGCGAUUUCUUCCGAAUGGAAUCCACUCAUCGCAGGUGUCUACGUGCGAGGCGUGUUGGUGGAUCACGAACACGCAUUUGCCAAGGCGGCGGGAGGACCGCAAGAAGAACGCAUGGACUUGUGGCUGUACAGCUUUGAUCGAGGCAUGCACGAUGGUGUGCGAUGGUUUAUUGGACCCGAUAUUCACACAGAUUCCGCAUUGACAUAUGUCGACCAUUGGUCUACUCGAAAUCCCUGUGCCGGAAAUACCACCACACGUCCCAGUGCACAUUGGAUGGUGCAUCGGGAUGGUAACUGGCAACCGGAUCUCACGUUGACUAUUACAUGUCAUGGACUCGAACCAGGAGGUGUCGAUGCAUGUCACGAGAAUUCAUCCGUUCCGUGCAUUGACUUGGCGGGGACUGGCAAUGGUCCGGUUCCCAUGCCAGUCGUCAUGCUGGGAACUGCCUAUAUUGGACCCUCUCAUGGCGCGUCCAACCAAGUGAUCGAACCGGCUCCUGCCAUUGAAGUCGCACUCGACCAAGGAUACCAAGGAUUGGAUUUGGGAUCCCAACUCCAUCCCGCCUAUGCCAACGAACGUCAAGUGGGAGAAUUGUUGGCGGCACGACCGGGCCGUCGAAAAUCCACAUUCUUGACCACCAAAUUAUCUCCCAACGAACACGGCUAUCAGAGUACCAUUCGGGCCGUUCAACGAUCGCUUCAAUUGCUACAGACCGAUACUAUUGAUCUCUAUUUGAUUCAUCAUCCGUCUUGUCUCAUGGCCACCGAAUGUGAAGGAGAUUGGGUCGAAAGUUGGAGGGCCAUGGAACGACUCCUCAGUUUGGGAGCCAUUCGAGCCAUUGGUGUUUCCAAUUUUGAUUAUGCCUUGCUCCAUCAUUUGGUCGGAGGAGAUGGCAACGACCAUAAAGGCAUUGCACGGGCGCCCGUGUCGUUGGUGCAAAAUCGAGCCGAUCCCUUGCAGUUGGAAGAUGUCAGUGUCUUGCGACUGUGUCGGGAACACGCCAUCAAUUAUCAAGCAUUUAGUGUCUUGGGCCGACAAUGGAAUGUCGGUCCGUGGACGCCGUAUUGGAACGCCCCGCAUCCCAUUCUGACACAUCCACAUGUCGUGGCCAUUGCCGAUCGACUCUCGCAUGAAACCACCACCAAGACAAGUAGUCGCACGAGAACCGCCGUGUCUCCGGCACAAGUCAUUUUGCGGUGGGCGUAUCAAAAAGGAUGGACCGUCGUGCCCAAAACGGCCAAACCCGAUCGACUUGAAUCGAAUCGACAAAUCUUUCAUUUUCAACUCACCGACUUGGAUAUGGGGAUACUGGAUGCUUUAAAAGCUCCGCCGCAGCCGUCCAAAGAAGACGAGUUGUAAUGCACAACUAGCUAAUAAGGUUUUGAUUUCAUUCGAACCGUACAGUGGUAUGUACGACAGCUGAAGAGUUGUUGGAGUUUGCAGGCCACCAGAACGGUACCGUCCAUAGUGGAGCGGGACGCGAGUCUCCACCAGAAGUGCUCCUAACCGGUAAGAGUAUACGGAUAGCAACAGCCACAACUGCAACCACUGUGUGAACUGGAAUCAGACGACUAAUGUACAAACGAAAGACGAGAAGUUGGCAUUGCCACUGAGUAAAAAAAAAAGAACACUACUAUGUUUUAUUAUUGCUAUGAGAUGAUUACGAAAGU